AUGAUUCUCACAUCCACAGACAAAGAUACAGAAUCCUCGUCAGUAGAAUACAAUGGCGGUCAAGCACCAACGACAAUAGUCAAUGAGGAAAAACCACAAACCGUGGUCACUGGGGAACAAUCCAAUGACAAUGGAAAUCAACGAUUAUCAGUUCUGGACAAGGUCUCUGGUAUGUUCAAGAUAUCCACACCAAACGUGUCCAUUCCCAAACCAUUCUUUCCCUUUUCUCCACAACCGCCGGACGAGGCUCCUUAUGUGGACGCUCAAUUGCAAGUGGACUUGAUGGAAUCCGAACGAUCCAUUCAAAUGCUGGGUGCCGAGGUCAACAUGCUCCGAGAGCAAUUGGGAUAUCAACAAGAUGAUUACUUAAAGUUGCAAAAUGAAAUGCGAAGUAUCGCCAAUCAAGAACGCAAACUAAAAGAAGAAACAAGAUUGGUCCAGCAAUUGGAACAAGCACAGCAACAACAGCAGCUGGAGAAACAAUAUCAGCAUUUGAAAACAACGCAGCAGCAACUGGAACUAGCCCAACGAAAUAUAACGUCAUUGGAAACGGAAUACCAACAUCGUUUGGCCGUCCAAUCCAAGGAUUUUGCCCACCAACAAGAACAAUUGGAGCGCCAAAUCGCUGACUUGUCCCAUCAGCUGACCACUAUCAAGUCCGCUUUGGAAAUCGCCAACCAACGAUGGAACGAUCAGACUCUGGAAUUGAAGCAAUUUCAACAAGCCGCAGAGUCCCAAAAGGAGACAAUGGAACAACAGAUUGCCAAACUGGAAACAUCGCUAAAGGAAGCAAACUCUACCAAUGUCCAGCUGCAAGGCUCGCUCAGUACGAGCAAGGCGGAUCUGGAAGCGUUGCGAAAAGACUGGCAAGACUUGCAAACUACUUCUGACGAAAAAGAAGCAGCACAAAUUGCCAUGCUGGAAAGUCAACACAAUGAAACCAAACUGGCACUACAAGUGGCGGAAGAACUCUUGAAAAAGACUAUUGUGGAGCAGGGGGAAGUCGCAGAGGAAACAAAAAAAGCUUGGUCAUUGGAACGCCAAGAGCUGGAAUCUCAAGUAGAAAGUCUACAAUUGCAAUUGGCCAGCGAGAAAACGACCACAGAAAAGGCACUUGCGCAAUACAAGUUGGCACAAACCGAACUAGAAUUGGCUCAAAAGGACAAGCUACAACAGCUCGAGGAGGGCCAAGCAACCGCCGAUAGGCUCAAGACCGAGCUAGAACAAAUGAAAGCACAAUACGAAGCCGAAUUGGAAUCCAUGGCUAUAAAAAAGGAUGAACAUGUCCAUGCCUUGACGGAGCGGAUACAAACCGAACACAAUCGACAGGAACAAGAGCUCCAAGACGAAAGCGCCAAGGUGAAAGCGGAAUUGGCCAAGAUGAAGCUGAUGUACGAGCAAAGUGAGGAAGCACGGCAAGCAGAAACCAAAGCCUUGGAAAUCCAAUUGACCGGGCAGCUCGAGACGGCCCAAGCAAAGGCCGCUCGGCGAGAACAAGCGUUGCUGUCCCAAAUCGAAAUGGCCGCGGUGGAACGAGUAACCAAGACCAAAUCAUUGGAGAAGGAAAUUGCCAAACUCCAACAUGAAAACAAAGCCUUGAGUUCUUCCUUGGUUUUUGCCAAUACCAGCCGCGAUGAAUCCAUCGAAAAGGCCAAGGCUCUUGAGCAAAAAUACAUGGACUCUGGCGCUGACCAAGAAAAGUGGAAAGAACAAGUAUCCCUCAUGAAGCAAGAAUUUCAAGACAUCCAACAAAGCAAGAAGGAAUUGGAAGCCCAAUUGGUGACUGUUACCUUGGAAAAGGAAGAACUCGUCCUCAAGGCCCAAGCCCUCGAGGCGAAUCUGCAAGCACUUACCGAACAAAAUGCCCAGCUGAAACUUCAACAACAGCACCGACCCUACCAACAGCGCCAGAAAGAUUCCAACGACUUUCACUGGGCUCUCGAUAAGUUUUAA